UUUCCAUGCUUGCAAGUGCAAAGUACAUUACAUUUGAACAUCCCAUUCGUUCAGUGUUGGCAUUUCACGCCCUACUUUUAAAAACAGCACCCAGAUAUCCAUUGGCCAGCGGCGAGCGGCAUAUCUGCAAUGGCUCCCUUAAUUCUGCACAAUGUGCCCGACGAUGAGUUGUAUGUCGGUGACGACGGAGUACAAAGGCCUUAUGCAAUGGUCUUUCCGCACCAGGACGGCUCGCUCCGAUCGAGGAAAAUGACGCACGAGACGGGCUCCUUUGGCAAGUCAACGAGGCGAUCGAGGUCCAAAACCGCCACGCCCGCAAAGAGGGAGGACCCCACGAUAGCAGCCGCCGACAAGAUCUUCAGCAGUUGGAUCGCUAGCCAAGCCCAAAACGCGCAGCAGACAAGUGCGCCCGCCCAGGGACAACGGAAACCAACCCUACCAACCUUAGUCCCGUCCACCUCCUCCCAGCAGACCCUGGACGAGAGCAGCAACCCGUCGCAAGCGCGCUUCUUCAAGCAACGCGAGCCGACCGAAGUCAUACUGCGCGGCUACCGGUCCGCGGCACAGCAAUACGCCGCCAUCAACCACUACGAACAGCUCGCCGGCAGGAUAUGCGAAGACUACUCGCGCGACCCGCCGGCCGAGAGCAGACGGUACAAGUCAGAGUUGCGCGACCCGGCCCUGGUCCGGCGGCGCGCCCUCACCCCGGAGGAGCGGGCCAAGGUCAACCGGGCCGACAGCGGCCAGCACUGGGUCAAAGUGACGUUCGAGUCGGCCGAGGCCGCCGAAGCCGCCAUCUUCUCAUCCCCGCAAACCAUCCUCGGCCACCUGGUCUACGCCGAGCCCUACCAAGGCAUUCCCCCGUCCCGCGACGAGGCCAUCCCGGACCCGGCCUUGUCCUUCGCCAGCGUGCCGCAGCCGCAUCAGCGGACUCCAUCGUCGUCAUUCCGCAGGAGGGGCAGUCAACCAAGAAACCCCACCCCUCGGGCCGGCCAGAAUCCCUGGGAGGACCUCGACAACACUAACUGGUCGCCACCACACUCGCAGAUCUCGUCAACUCCCACGGCCGACACCAUGACGGUGGGCUCCUCCAACGGGGCCGGGACAAGCACCACCUCGUCAAGCACCGUCACCGGGCAGCAGCAGCAGCAGGUGGCAGCGGGUGGCCACGGCAUGGUUCCCGCGGCGGGCACGGCGCCGGCUCAUCAGCCGGACAACGAGUUUUGCCGCGCCAUCCCGACGGUGCGGAAGGCUAAGAUCCUUCCCCCCGAGUCGGCGCUGCUGCCAGGUCAGUCGUGGACGCAGCGCGCCACGAAUCAUAUCCCGUUUCUAAAGUGGUUCAAUGGCGCCAUGAUUGGAAGCGAAGUGCCGCGCACUGAGACGGGCGAGUUUGACUGGAACAAGGCGAGCUUGUACUGGAAGCUUAUGUGGUGGCUGGAUUUCUUGCUGGGGUUGUUUGGUGGGGAGAUUCGAGAUGCGGAUAAGGACGACUGAGGACGAAAUUGAGUUUUGCUUGGCUGGCGGCAUGGUGUUUACGGAGUACAUAACGAUUUUACGCUUGGGAGAUGCGAGAGGCAGGAACUGUGCCUCACAGACUGCAAGGGAUGGUGGUCAAGAUGUGCAUAAGGCCGCUCACGCAGAACUCGAGACUUGCUGGCAACGGGGCGUUAUACAACUCGUUAUCACAAACUGCAGAUAUUUCUAUCGUCUCUGUAAUCACCAACAUCAUCCAGAUCCAUCAACUCUAGGCGUACAUGGCCUGUGAGAAUGUGAAUUGAGGGUAUACUUAAGAUGCUCCAGCUGUAUGUACUAGUACUUG